GGUAGGGAGCAUCAAGAGAAGAACAAGUAGGGGAAAGACGAUUCGGAGGAGAAAUACAGUAUUAAUACUGGAAGGAGAAGAAAACAGGGAAAAGGAAGUGAGAAUAAUAGUGGCUGUCUUUACAGACUCUAAUGAUAUGACCUCUAUAACUUGUUAAAUUAGGCUGUGAAGUUUACAGCUCUCUAAAAGCAAGUUGACAUAAUACAGGACAGCAAGCAGGUAACUGAGCUGCUCUUGGUGUGUUGGACAAAAACUUUUAGCAUGAGCAAGGAGACACUUCCCAUCCCGUCUCCAUUGACCCGAGGUUGUGGGGAGAUACAGAUGACCCCAGAGAUGCUGAAGGCCCCGAGGAGCCUGCACUGAGCAGUCUGCUCACCUUCCUCCUCCUCCCUUUACUGCAGCGGACACACAGACCUACGUACAAAUGGUACUGCAGCCCUCUCCCACAAGCGCUGCUCUUCGAGCUUCCUUCCAGUGAGGAAACAAAAAUUAAAGUAAUAUGCCUAAAAUGUUUGAGGCCUUUUUGCGAUGUAGCUUGCUUUAAAAUGGCUUGGCAGCAAAAGCGGAAAAUUACGGGGCACGUCUUACCCUUCGUAUCCGAGGCGCAGCCUGAAGCUUUUUCGCGGUCGCUGGCAGCGUUCCCCCCGAGCUCACGGGCCGUGAGGCGGCGGCCGGGCGGGCUCGGGCCGGAGCUUGCCGGCGGGACGGGGCGGUGCCGCCGCUGGUGGUGAGAGCCCCGGCGGGCGCCGGCAGCCGUGACCGCCCCGCUCUUCGGACGUGCCGCUGCUCCUUCCCUCGCAUCCGCUGAUGUCACAUUCGCCCGGGCUGCUGACGCUGCCUCCUGCCCCGGGCGGGAACUGGGCGCGCCUCCCCCGCCCGCUGCGAGCCGCAAAAGAGUUCGCGAAAGGAGCCAGAGCCGCCGUCCCGGGUAGCCGCCGGGAGAGGGAUCAGGACUGGAAUUCGCGUAAGAGACAGAGAGAAGCUGUUUCAGCUGUUGGUUCCAGCAACAUGGAGAAUGAUAUCAGCUCGAAGUUUUAUCAGCAGCUUUUCUUUAUUAGUGAAAAUCUGGUGACUGAAGAUGUAGCAGCUUUAAAAUUUCUCUGUACUGACUUGCUCCACCUCAGUAAACUAGAAGGUGUGAAGUCAGCAGUAGACAUCUUCAGGCUUCUUCUGGCUCAAGAAUAUCUGAAUGCAGAAGACACUUUCCUAGUAGCUGAACUCUUAUACAGAAUUAAACGUCACUCCUUGCUUAAGAAACUUGGUUACACCAAGGAGAAAGUACAAGAACAUCUGGGUGAGAAGGGAAGAAUAUCUCCAUACAGGCAGAUGCUGUAUGAAUUGUCAGAGAACUUCAGCAGUCAGAUGUUGCAGGAAACCGUAUUCCGCCUGGAAAGAGAUCUUCAAAACCCAUGGACAAUUCAUUCUGCAUUGGAUUUGCUGACUUCAUUGGAAAACCAGGACCUUUUAAGUAAAGACAAUGUACAGAUACUGGAGGAAAUCUGUAUGAUCGUUUCACCUCAUCUCCUGGAGACAAUAAACUGCUACAAAAGGGCAAAAGAUAACAAGGCAGCUAAUUUUACACAAGGCUUCCCUGAACUAAACCUGGAGCUGCAUGGAGAAUUCAGCAAUGUAGAAAAUGAAUCCAAGACUAUGAAAAGCUAUAAAAUGGAUGGGCCACACAGAGGAUUUUGUCUCAUUAUUAAUAAUGUUAAUUUCAAUAGUUCUCAGAGGGAUGGUUCUUGCAAAGAUGCUGAGCAACUGAAGAGAGUAUUCACAUGGCUUGGUCUGGAUGUGAUAACUUUCAGAGAUCUGACAUCUUGGCAGAUUAUAAAUCUCAUGGAAACUUGGCAGCGUGUGCAAGAUCACAAAGAGAGGAACUGUUUUAUAUGUUGUAUUCUAUCUCAUGGAAAGUUAGGAGCAAUCUUCGGGACAGAUGACAAACCUGUGUCAAUCCGCAUGCUUAUGUCCCACUUCACUGCCAAACAAUGUCCCCAGCUGGCUGCAAAACCCAAACUCUUCUUUAUCCAGGCAUGCCAGGGUGCCAAGGUACAGCGUCCUGUCUAUAUUGACACUGAUGGACCACCUCCUGACUUGCAGGACUCCUCUUCCAUGCAGGAGAGAGCUGCUCUUUUAAAAAGUAUUCCCGAAGAGGCUGAUUUCCUCCUAGGCAUGGCCACAGUUGAUGGAUGUGUUGCUUUUCGGCACCGUGAAGAGGGUGCUUGGUAUAUUCAGGCCCUCUGCAGCAAGCUACAAUUGUUGGUACCAAGGGGUGAAGAUAUUUUGUCAAUUCUUACACAAGUUAAUGAAGAUGUGGCCGGACGUGUUAGUGUUAGCCCUUCAGGGACGAGGAAGCAAAUGCCCCAACCAGCAUAUACCUUAAGAAGAAAACUUAUAUUCCCAAUACCUACGGCCCCUCCUCCUUCACAGCAAUAACAAUGCUUUUAAUACACAUAAUUUUAUCAUCUCAUUUAAAUGUAAUUCAUUACACUACCUGCUUUAAGACAGUUUGCUUUGAUGUAAGGCCUUAUAAAUUUUUUGUCAAACUUUGAAACUGGAGGAGACACAAUUAAAACAAUCAAUGUGCCAGCUAUUUACGUAAUCUAUAUAUAUACAGUUACCAGUGUUGGUAACUCUGUUUAGCUCAUGUUAAACAUUUUUGUACCUGCACAGGCUACAGAUACAAUAGGUUUUUCCUCGCAGCAUAGGGAUUGCAUGUAAGCUUUCAUAUUUAAACCAGGAUUGUUAAUAGUCUGGUUUAGACUCAUCAUGCUUUAUUUUGUAGGCUAACAAUUUUUAAUCCACUAAAAAAUCCUGUUAAAUCAUGUUUCUAAAUCCACUAGCUGUGUUCAUAGAGAGAAAAAAGUGGGAAGGAAGAGACAAAACCUUAAGUAGUAAGUGGAAAAGGAUUUCUUCAAUCUCUAAUGAAAACUACAUUUAACUUAAAAAAGAACCAGUUUCCAACUGAAAUCAGCAAUUUGUUCCACAGUGCCCUCAAAUGGCUAGCAUAAGCUUCAAGUACAAUGAAGUUUUCCAAAACUGAGUAAAGCCAAAAUGCUGCUCAUUAUUCCCUCGGUGAAACCUUGUAAACUGUUAUUUCCCCAUCACUUCUGAGAAAAUUUAUGGUAGAAAAUUUGCCUGCUGUGAAAUACAGCAGUCAGAUGAACUUUGUUAAGCAUUACAUUUUUAAAUUAAAUUUUUAAAUUAUCGUUUGUUGGUUUAGGAUCUAAAAUGCAGCCAGUCUGUGAAGGCUCCUAUGGACUAAGCUGCUGACAGAAUUUUAUGAGUUAACUGAAAUAAUGCCAUGUUGUUUUGUUAUAAACACUUACUACAUAUGCCUGUGUCUUUCCUGUUUGUUACUACAUUAAAUUCAUACUUUUUAAGAGCUUGGUGAGAUAAAAAUUUUGUACUGGGGUAAGGGUUUGUCCUUGUUUCUGACAGAUUCCUGCACUUUGUUGGGCUUCAUGAAUUAGUGAGGUUUUAACUGCUUUAGGGUUUAAGCUGAAGUGAAACUUCAUCAAAAUACUCAUUAUUAUAUAAGAUUAGCAAUACCUUAAGGUGAAGAUAGGAAGGAGUACUGUCUAGUGCUAUUGGGUGCAAUUUAUAGCUUGCACUAUUUUUAGGAGGGGAGUUUUGCAUCAUACAGAGCAUAUUGAAAUGCCGCCAGCUCUCCAAAACAUGAUGGUCCCUUUAUGAUAAUGAAGUGGUAUUGCAUUUUAAUACCCAUUGCAUUUUAAGUCUUCUGAGUUAGCAUGGCUGCCACACUUGAAGUCACAUUUAUGCCACAGAUAAGAAAAAUGUUUCAUCCUUUAGUGGAAUAUAUAACAUUGGGAUGAAAUUGUGAUGUUUCUGGCUUGCAGUUACUGUUCAGACUUGAUGCACUCAUUCUGUAUGUUUAGGAACCAAAUAAAUUUUAAUCAGUCUGGAGUAA